UAGUAAUAACCGAAUAUUAUACUACUGAUAUAGUUAUAACCGAAUAUCUAAAAAAUAAACAUGUACAUAACACUUCUUUGUAUGAAUAACUGAUUUAUUACAAUUGUACAUGCUGAAGACCCUGUAAGACAAAAUAUUGCCAAUAAUGCAGUAUUGCCACUUAUUUGAAAAUAAUCAUCAGCUGUCAUAAGUUUAAUUAAGAAACGUCAUCACUUAUUUGUCUAUUUCCUCUAAAUAAAAUAAAAAAUACAAUUUUUUUGGAUAUAAAUAAUAAAUUUUUGUGUUGAAAUGUCUGGAAACAAUAUGUAAAUAACAUAAAAGAUAUAAAAACCAUCAGUACAAAGAGUUCUCGAAAAGUAGAAUACAUAAUUGGGCUGCACCAACAAGCUGUGUGGCGUAUAGGUAAAUAGAAAAAGUCCACAUCAUUAAUAUGUCUUUACCAGGGAAUGGAAUUUUUGUUGUGCGUGGAGAAAUGUCCACGUUAAUAACGGCUAUGCGUCGAGGAUCUAGAUGGAAUUCAGCUGCUUAUUUGGACGAUGAAAAAGAUGGUAUUAUGAAACUUUUUAUGGAACUAAGGGAAGUACUUAAUCGCGUAGAAGAUCUUCGAUUGAUUGAACCUAAUAUUUAUUUAUCACCGUUCCUAGAAGUUAUACGCACUGAUGAAACAACAGGUGCAGUUACAAGCUUAGCUUUAGCAUCCAUUAAUAAGUUUCUAUCAUAUGGAUUACUUGAUCCAACGUCCCCAAGUCUUGCGGCUACUGUUGAAAAUAUAGUUGAUGCUGUUACGCAUGCCAGAUUUAUGGGUACUGAUCAAUCAUCUGAUGGCGUUACUUUGUUUCGUGUUGUUGAAGUACUUCACACAUUAAUGCGGAGUCCAGAAGGAUCUGUUCUUACUAAUGAAGCUGUAUGUGAAGUUAUGCUAAGUUGUUUUAAAAUCUGCUUUGAACCACGGUUAAAUGAGUUACUGCGUCGUUCCGCAGAGCAAGCGCUUAAAGAUAUGGUAAUUUUGCUGUUCAUGCGUUUGCCACAAUUUUCUGCAGAUCGUAGUGACUCUAGUUUAAUAAAAAAAUUUCAAAUGAUGGCAGCUUCAAUGGAACAAAGCAAGAAGCAACGUAAAAAGCAACCCAAAAUACAACCGACAUCAAAUAUUCAACGUAGCAAUAGUCAACGUAGUAUUGAUCCAGAUAAAAAGCAACAGUCAAAUCUAAAUACGGAAACAGUGUCAGACGUGUCUCUUCCAAGUCCACAAUUGCUCAGUGUUGCUACGGCUAAAACAUUGCCACUUGCUACAACGCCAGCUACACCAGCUGGGAAUAUACUUGAUAUGCAAGGUAAAAUAACACAAACUCCUACAACAGCUCUAGAGAUCGCUGAUAAUGAUGUAUGUAAUGGAAAAGAUAAAAGUACUUAA